AUGCUCUUCCAGGGCCUGUCCCCUCCGGGGUCCUCACCCUCAGGACCGCAAUGUCCGGCCGAGCCAGGACUCGAGCUCGAGGCAGAGCCCGUGGUAGGUUCCCGUCCCAACCCGCGCCACCUGGAGCCGCAGCGCCACCUGGAGCCGCAGCGCCACCUGGAGCCGCAGCGCCACCUGGAGCCGCAGCGCCGCCAACUCAGCAAACCAGCCGAAUUCCACCUAGCCCGUGGCCGCUGCAACCGGAAAGCCAAGUGGUUAAGCCUGCACAACGAAGAAGACCGAAAAGAGCAUCUCGGCCUCCAGGUGACAAUGGGGAAAGAGAGGGCUAUGGUGGAAGGGUAUCAUUAUGCAAAGGAACUUCAGCUGGCGACUAGACUGCAGGCAACCUCACUGAAGGAGAGAAAGCGUUUUGGGGGUAUUUUUCGAGACCAUGUGGUGGAUACCCGACAGUACUUGGAACAUGUUAGAGAGUCCACGACAGGCACGCUGGGUAGACCUGUAAAGCUAUUCACAAACCAUUUCCGAGUGACGUCCCGCCCCCAGCAGGUCACAUAUAAGUACAACAUUGACUACAUGCCAGACAUCGAGGAUGGAAAAGUUCGUUCAGAAUUGCUUUUGCAGCAUAAAGCAUUUAUUGGAGAGUGCCAUAUAUUUGAUGGGAGCUCUUUAUUAUUACCUCACAAGCUACUGUUGCCGAAAACAGAAUUGGUCAGCCUACUGAAAAACCAGGUUGUGAAGCUGACCAUUGAAUUCAUCAGCGAACUCUCACCCAACUCACCAGACUGCUUACGCUAUUACAACAUUCUCUUUAGAAGAAUUUUGAAGCAGAUGAAUUUGAAGCAAGUUGGUCGCAACUAUUAUAACAAGCAAGAGGCCACUGAGUUCUUCGAUCACAAGCUGGUCAUCUGGCCUGGAUACGUUACUUCUAUUCUUGAGUAUGAAACCAGCAUUACCCUCUGUGCUGAUGUGAACCAUAAACUGCUCCGAAUGCAAACAGCUUAUGAUUUAAUAACAGGUCUUCGUGAUCCACAAACCAAAAAGGAAGAUGUUGAGCAAGUUUCUAAAGAAUUAAUCGGGUCAAUUGUUUUUACACUGUAUAACAACAAAACCUAUAGGGUGGAUGCUAUUAAUUGGGAGGAUAAUCCCAGAACCAAAUUUAAGAAAUCAGGUGGUGCUGAAAUCACCUUUGUAGACUACUACAGGGAGCAGUAUAAUACAGAGGUUACCGACCUAACUCAGCCACUGUUGAUCAGCAAAGGCAAAUGGAAAAAGAGUCAACAGGACACACCCCAUAAGCCUAUAAUGCUGGUUCCUGAGCUAUGCUACCUGACAGGUCUAUCAGAUAAAAUGCGAAAAGACUACAGGGUGAUGAGAGACUUGGCUCUUCAUAUGAGAUUGGAUCCAGAAAAAAGGCAGCACGAAUUACGGAAACUGAUGAAUACUAUACAAACAAAUAGGGAGGUACAACGGGAACUUCAACUCUGGGAUUUGAAAUUUGAUACCAACUUCAUGUCCUUCUCGGGAAGGAUCUUGAAAGAAGUAAGAAUUUUUCAAGGAAGAAGAGCGUUUGACUCCCAUCCACAGUUUGCAGAUUGGUCGAGAGAGACCAGAAGUGGACCCUUACUCAAUGUGAAGUCACUAGAUCAUUGGCUAAUACUCUAUCCUACGAGAAAUUAUGGAGCAGCCUCAUCCUUAGUACAGAGUCUACGGAAAGUCACACCCACCAUGGGCAUAGCUAUGAGAGAGGCAAAAAUGCUUGAAGUAAGUGAUACAGUCCAGUCCUAUACAACCGUCUUAGAAAAUCAUGUUACCUCCAAAACACAGAUGGUCCUUUGCGUGCUGUCCAGUGAAAAGAAAGACCUGUAUGAUGGCAUAAAACAAUACCUGUGUGUCAAUUGUCCGACCCCAAGCCAGUGUGUCGUGGCACGGACCUUAGACAAACCCCAGACGCUGAUGACCAUUGCGACAAAGAUUGCCCAGCAGAUGAACUGCAAGAUGGGAGGAGCCCUCUGGAAGGUGGAGACAGGAUUACAGAAUGCGAUGUUCAUUGGUAUCGACUGUUUCCAUGAUAUUGUAAAUCGGCGGAAGUCAAUUGCAGGCUUCGUGUCCAGCAUCAAUCAAGAAUUGACGCAGUGGUUCUCUCAGUGCAUUUUCCAGGAAUCGGGGCAGGAGCUUGUGAAUGGGCUGAAAACCUGCUUGGAAGCUGCCCUGAAGCUCUGGUGUAAACAUAAUCAGUUUCUACCACAAGCUAUCAUUGUGUAUCGGGAUGGAGUUGGGGAUGGUCAGCUUCAAGCACUGAUGGAUCAUGAAGUCCCACAGAUUGAGUCCUCCUUAAGAUCUGUGUACCCUAAAGACUCUGGGGUCAAACUAACUUUCAUUGUGGUGAAGAAACGAAUAAACACCAGAUUUUUUGUGGAGUCUCAAGGAAGACUUCAAAACCCACUUCCAGGAACAGUUAUUGAUGUGGAGGUGACCAAGAGGCAAUGGUAUGAUUUCUUUAUCGUGAGUCAGUCUGUGAAAGACGGUACUGUCACUCCCACUCAUUAUAAUGUCAUCCACGACACGGUUUGCUUCACCCCAGAUAGGAUACAGUAUCUCACUUACAGACUAUGCCACAUGUAUUAUAAUUUGCCGGGUGUCAUUCGAGUUCCUGCUCCUUGUCACUAUGCCCACAAACUGGCUUACCUUGUGGGCCAGAGUAUUCAUCAAGAACCACACCAUUCCCUGGCAAGCCGUCUCUUUUACCUGUGA